CACCACAACCCCCAACUUCUAACUCUUUAAAAUUAUCUCCCUUACUCUCCAUCUCUCCCCCUCACUCUCUCUCUCUCCUCUUUUAUCUGAAUUGAAACAAUGAGGCCAAGCUUUCAAACAACAGCUAUUGUUCUGUGCAUCUUGUUCAUCAUUUCUUCCUCAACAAUAUCAGCCAGCAGGCUUUUACAGGACAAAGAAGGACAAGAGGAGGCAAAGCUCAAGAAAAUCAGUGAUGGGGAUUCACUUGUGGAGCUGGAAAGCAGUGACCUCAUGAAUCUAAUGGGACUGGAAGCCUGUGUUGAUGGAGAUGAAGAAUGUUUAAAGAGAAGAGUUACUGCAGAAGCUCACUUGGACUACAUCUACACCCAGCACCAUAAGCCUUGAUGCAGAUGCCAGCAAGCUUCAUAUUAUUCAAUAU